CUGCAGCGCUCCGUCGCCACAGCCGACCUCAGCUUGCUCCGCGAACACCGAAACACAGCAGUCUUGCGUGCCCCGGCCAAUUGGCAUCCCACACCUCUGCUCUGCCGGGCAGAGACCCUCCGCCAUGCUGUCACGCACUGCGGCGCCGACCAAGGCGUCGGCAAGGGCAAUUUCGAGCGCCGUAUCGUCUGCGUCAACGGCGACAGCGACGGCGCAGCAAUGCCGGUCCUUCGCCACCGUCCAAGACGCCGGCACCGCCGCUCCGAAGCGCACCUACGGCGGCCUGCGGGACCAGGACCGCAUCUUCCAGAACCUCUACGGCCGCUACCCGCCCGACCUCAAGCACGCCAAGAAGAUGGGUGACUGGCACAAAACCAAGGAGAUCCUCCUCAAGGGCCACGACUGGAUCAUCGGCGAGAUCAAGGCGUCGGGCCUGCGCGGCCGGGGCGGUGCCGGUUUCCCCUCGGGGCUGAAAUGGUCGUUCAUGAAUUUCAAGGACUGGGACAAGGACAAAAGGCCGAGGUACCUGGUGGUCAACGCCGACGAGGGUGAGCCGGGCACCUGCAAGGACCGCGAGAUCAUACGCAAGGAUCCCCACAAGCUGGUCGAGGGCUGCUUGGUCGCCGGCCGCGCCAUGAACGCCACGGCCGCCUACAUCUACAUCCGCGGCGAGUUCAUCCAGGAGGCCGCGAUCCUGCAGAACGCCAUCAACGAAGCCUAUGCCGAGGGUCUGAUUGGCAAGAACGCCUGCGGCUCCGGCUACGACUUCGACGUCUACAUGCACCGCGGCGCCGGCGCCUACGUCUGCGGCGAGGAGACCAGCCUGAUCGAGUCGCUCGAGGGCAAGCCUGGCAAGCCGCGCCUCAAGCCGCCCUUCCCCGCCGCCGUCGGCCUGUUCGGCUGCCCGUCGACCGUCGCCAACGUCGAGACAGUCGCCGUCGCGCCGACCAUCUGCCGCCGCGGCGGCAGCUGGUUCGCCAGCUUCGGCCGCGAGCGCAACCAGGGCACCAAGCUGUUCUGCAUCAGCGGGCACGUCAACAACCCGUGCACGGUGGAGGAGGAGAUGAGCAUCCCGAUGCGGGAGCUGAUCGAGAAGCACUGCGGCGGCGUGCGUGGCGGCUGGGACAACCUGCUGGCCGUGAUCCCGGGCGGCUCGUCGACGCCGAUCCUGCCCAAGCACAUCUGCGACGACCAGCUGAUGGACUUCGACGCGCUCAAGGACAGCCAGUCCGGCCUCGGCACCGCCGCCGUCAUCGUCAUGGACAAGAGCACCGACGUGGUGCGCGCCAUCUCACGCCUCAGCCACUUCUACCGCCACGAGUCGUGCGGCCAGUGCACCCCCUGCCGCGAGGGCAGCAAGUGGACCGAGCAGAUCAUGAAGCGCUUCGAGAAGGGCAUGGGCCGCGAGCGCGAGAUCGACAUGCUGCAGGAGCUGACCAAGCAGGUCGAGGGCCACACCAUUUGCGCCCUCGGCGAGGCCUUCUCCUGGCCCAUCCAGGGCCUGAUCCGCCACUUCCGGCCCGAGCUGGAGGCCCGCAUGCAGAAGUUCGCCCAGGAGAACGGGGGCGAGGCGCUGGCCGGCGGCUGGAAGCGCGAUGCGAGGCAGAAGGGCCAGCUCGUCUCUCCCGGCAUGUAAAAAGAAAAAAAUUAAGCGGGUAGUUGGGGCAAGACGAGAGAGGACGGGAGAGAUGGGGGAUUGCUGUGGUACGUUGUACAUACGCCUGCUUCACCGUAGAGCGCCCACACUUGGGCUGUACCUUGUUUACUUUGUUGUUGCAGUCAGUCGGGGGGUGCGGCGUGGGGGUGCGAAAAGCGUGGGUUUUUGCCCAGCUUCUGUCCGCCUUGUGUGUGCCUGAGCGUUCUGUUCCCUUGAGGAGCAAUUCCGAAGCUUCGUUUCAUGCGUUGGAAAAUAUCCCGAGAGCAGCUCCCCUGGCCACUGCCCACCUCCGGUGAGGCUUGGGGUCACGGACGCGGCCAAUAAC